GACCCUACACUACAACCAUCAUGGAUCAAUUGUCGGGCUUCCGUAUAGCCAAUGUGCUAUACAAGAAAAGUCUUUUGAAUGCGAUUGCUUCUGCUGCUGCAUUGUCCAUUUUCUUCUUUGGUUAUGACCAAGGAAUGAUGGGUGGUGUCAAUACCUCGGCGGAUUAUGCUCAACUCAUGGGCUUUGGACAUGUCGAUGAGGCUACUGGACGAGUCGUAGUCACAGAUUCCUUAUUACAAGGCGGAAUCGAAAGUUCAUCCUUGCUUGUUGCAGUCUACUAUCUCGGAACACUUUUUGGAGCCUUCCUGGGUGGGUGGGUGGGAGACAGAGUUGGCCGUAUUCGCACCAUUGCCCUUGGCGCCAUCUGGGCAAUCCUGGGUGCUGCUCUGCAAUGCUCCGCUCAGAACCACGUUUGGAUGAUUUGUGCGCGUACAGUGAAUGGUAUUGGCACCGGUAUCCUCAACUCGAUCGUCCCAGUCUGGGCCACUGAAACGGCCGAUCACACCUCGCGUGGUCAGUUCAUCGCUAUCGAGUUCACGCUCAACAUUUUCGGUGUUGCUGUGGCGUAUUGGUUGGAGUUUGGUUUGUCCUUUAUCGAUGGAGGUCGUGGAGCUUUCCAAUGGCGUUUCCCUAUUGCUGUGAGUAUCGAGCAUGCUAUCUCGAAACGAUGUACUGAUCUGAAUCUUGAUAGNUUCCAAAUUAUUCCCCUGCUCAUGCUCUUUGGCAUCAUCUGGUUCUUCCCCGAAUCUCCCCGUUGGCUUUGCAAGGUCGGUCGCGACAAGGAAGCAAGACACAUCCUUGCGCGUCUCCGUGGUGACGAAGGAGAAGAUAGGAUCCGAGCCGAAGCUGAGUACCAGGAUAUCAUCAACAUCGUACAACUGGAGAGAAGCACAUCGAAGCAAAACACUUACUGGAGAAUGCUACUCGACUUUGGCCACGGAAGCUCUGGAAGUCUGCACACUGGCCGCAGAGUCCAAAUCGUCAUCUGGCUGCAAAUCCUGCAGGAAUGGUGUGGUAUUGCUGGUAUCACUGUUUAUGCUCCUACCAUUUUUGGCAUUGCUGGAUAUGAUGCGCAAAAGAGUGGUUGGUUGUCUGGUCUUAACGAUACGACGUACAUGCUUGCUACUCUGGUCUGUGUCUUCACUCUUGACAGGAUUGGUAGAAGAUGGACUCUUUACUGGGGUGCUGUGGCUCAAGCCAUCUCUAUGUUCCUGAUCGGCGGAAUGUCGCGCGGUGGUAUCAAUGCUGCUAACAGUGGAAACACUGCUUUGGCUGCGAGAUAUGGAGCUGCAGCAGCCAGUUUCACUUUCAUCUAUACUGCAGUCUUUGGUGCAACCUGGCUGACUGUGCCUUGGUUGAUCCCCGCCGAAAUCUUCCCUCUGGAGGUCAGAGCCAAAGGAAAUGCCUGGGGUGUCGUUGGUUGGUCCAUCGGUAACGGCUGGCUCACUCUCCUCUGCCCAGUCAUGUUCGACAGCAUUGGAGAGAAGACCUUCUACAUCUUUGCCGCGUCAAACGUCAUUUCGAUUCCCUUGGUCUACAUCUUCCUUCCAGAGACCAAUCAACGCACAUUGGAAGAGGUCAAUAUUCUGUUCUCGGCUUCGACGCCUUUUGCUUGGGAUGCAGAGAAGCACUUUGCGGACUUCCAGGCUGGAAACCCGACUUAUGUCUCUGGUAGCCGUGGCAAUUCCGUCGUAGAUCCGGAGACUGGGUUGCGUGGUAAGGUCAGAGAUUCUACUGAUAUGGUGGAGACGAUGAAGGAGAAGGAUAAUGUU